AAAAAAAAUGGAACAAAAAUAAAAUGGCGCAUGUCAUUGACAUAUCAACCAAUUUGUUUUCUAAUUUGCUAUGAAUGUGUUUUUACUGUUUAAAUUAUAAGUAUUUUGUACUAUUAUGUCUUCUAAUAACUUGUCGUCAGUGUUAAAAUCAUGUUCAGAAGGAGAGCUUAUAAAUGAAGUAUCGGAAACCACAAUGACUCCCAAGCAAGUGGAAGGGUCUCGAUUAAAACGUACUUUUACCUUGCCCCGGAAUCCCUUUGGGACAGCAAAACCUAAUACUAGCAAGAACAAAAGUAGUACUAUGGACAGCAAACCUUCAAGCGCGAGUUCUGUGUCUGGGGAAGCGCCAAAAGAAGAAAGUGGGUUCGAAAGGAAAUUGUUCAGAAGACCAUCAUGGAAGAGGUUUUUGAGCAAAAUAGCUCAGCAUAUGAGUACAGUGAACGUUUCCGGGGUGAAACCAGCUCCAGUAGUGUCGAGUGGAGAGCGGGUGCCGUGCAGCGGGGAGCCGCCGUGGCCGCCGGGGGCCACCCCCGCCGCCACCGGCAUCAAGAACCACGGGAACACUUGCUACAUGAACGCGGUCCUACAGUGCCUUUCUCACACAGAUGUCAUAGCCGAAUAUUUCGUACUAGACCACUACAAGGUGGACCUUCAGAAGAGGAAUAAGAUAAACUCCAAGAAGUAUGGUACUCGGGGGGAAGUGACGGAGCAACUCGCCUCACUGCUAAAGGCUCUGUGGGCCUGUCGGUACACGCCUGACUUGAGCACUGCUUUCAAGGGAGUGGUGGAGCGUCACGGCACCCAGUACCGAGGGAACAGUCAGCACGACGCACAAGAGUUCCUGUUCUGGCUUCUGGACAAAGUACAUGAAGACUUAAACACUGCCACUAAGAAACGAUAUAAGACUAUAAAGAACACAUGCGGCAAGCCGGACGAGGUGGUGGCGGCGGAGACGCUCGCCAACCACGCGCGUAGGAACAGCUCCUUCGUGCAGGCCGUGUUCCAGGCGCAGUACCGGUCAGCACUGACAUGUGCCCAGUGCGCGCGCACGUCGUGCACGUUCGACCCGUUCCACUGUGUCAGCGUUCAACUGCCGCCGCGCGCGCCCGCCGCCGUGCCGUCGCCGCUGCCCGUUCACGUGGUAUACGUGAACCAGCUCCCCCGACAAGUGAAGAUCGGCGUGGAGCUGGCGGCCGCCGCCACCAUGGAGGAGCUGGCGGCCGCGCUGCACUCCGACACCGGCAUCGAGAGGGACCACAUCGUGCUGGCCGAGGUCAACGACCAGGGUUGGAGCUCCGCGCGCGCAGCAUGGGAGCCGGCGGGCACGGACGGUGGAGCUCUAUACUGCGUGGAGGCGCCCCCGCUGCUGGGCGCGCCGCCCGCGCCCUACCUGCUGCUGCUGUGGAUCAACCUGCUCGACGACAGGCGCUUCGGCUCCCCCUACGCGAUGCAAGUCCCCCGAGAGACCUCCUACGCUGACCUCCAGAAGCUGAUGCUGAAGGAGAUGUCAGGAGUAGUGGCGGAGCGUGUGCUGGAAGAAGCACAGACGACGGGGAUCUACCGCGCGCGCCUCGCGCCCAACACAUACCUGCAGCCCGAGUUGCCGCACCCGCUGUUCGCGCUGGACGUGGAGCAGGCGUUGGUGUCCCACGAGAAGUACCCCUACCUGCGCCUCGAGCUGCUGUGGGACGCCACCCACAGGGACAGCAUAAUCCGCGACUCCGAGGAAUCGUGCGAAGUACACGUGUCUGCGCACGCGCCGGCCUCGCUCACUCUCGACGCGUGUCUACUGCACUACACGAGGGCCGAGCAACUGGCGCAGGAGGACGCGUGGAGAUGUCCGCAAUGCCAGAGGUACAUGCCGGUGGUGAAGACGCUCGGGCUGUGGUCUCUUCCCGAUGUAUUGGUCAUACAUCUCAAGAGAUUUAGACAGCAAGCAAAAUGCAGAACGAGCACAAAACUGACCACAAUGGUCGAGUUUCCCCUCAACGACUUCGACAUGACACCUCACCUGGUGCGGCGCGGGGACUCCCCCGCCCGGCGAAGACCUGACGAUGACCACAUGUACGACCUGUUCGCAGUCUGCUACCACCACGGAGACGACCUGGAGACAGGCCACUAUACGGCAGCAUGCAAGAAUCCCUACGACAACCACUGGUAUAAGUUCGACGACUCCAGAGUCGCACUGGUCGAAGAUGACAAUGCUUAUACCGAACUGGUCAACAAUACUGCGUAUAUGCUGUUUUAUAAAAGGAAAAAACCUAAAGUGACGCACUCAUGUUCGGUUGAUAACCAAUCAGGGCACUGGGCGUUGCGCAUGCCGCGGCCCGCGCGCAAGCUGAGCGAGCCAAUCAACGAGCUCACAGAAGUUAAGGAGGAGAAUGUAGACGCCAUCAUAGAGUGUCCUAUAAAUGAGGGCGAAUCGGAGUCUGAAAUCACCGCUCCAACACACAGCCCGUCUCCCUCCCACAGUGUCGCCAGCCUGCCUGAUGAUGACGUCACAGAACACACAUCUCCAGAAAGAGUCACCACAACCAUAGUGCACACAAACGUCAUACAAUCCCCUACCCUUCAGCGACCUCUGGUGGUCGAAGUGAACGGCAACGUAACAGACGACGCGAGCGAGACAGAAAACGAGAGCGUGUCCAUCGAACCGUACAUACACAAAGACGUGCACGUCAACCCUAAAAUGACGCCAGUGGAUUCGCGGCGGCCGCGAUCCGUUGACUACCCGUCUAAACCCACGGCUGGUGGUAGCAGGGACGCUAAUAGAAACUACGAGAGUUCCCCGCUAGUGGCCAGUAUUAAUGGCGUGGAGUAUCACCCGACUACGGAGGAUCUAGUGUUGUCCAUGUUCCAGGAGACCAAGUUCAUAGUGCCGCGGCAUGGAGGACACUUGACCGCUGAUACUCAUAGGACUGGGGAAAAGGCACCAGUAUGGAAAACGCGCAUCUCCACAUGAGGACUGCGGGACAAAGCCUAGUUAGUACUAAUAGAGUUAGUUCAAUUGACACAUUUCAUAUACUUUGUAGCCCCGACAUCGACAUCGACACUAGAUCUGCGAGUUAAAUUCAGCUGACUGUUAAAUUACAUGUAUCACAGCCCAGUUUAUUUAGCUUUUGUUUACAAUGUCUAGUUCUAGUUCAAAUUAACAGCCUUUGGCCUUUUAGGGAUUUGUAUGUUAAGUAUACAGUUUCUGUAAAGUGUCGAUAUUAAAGCAGUUAAAUCAUUGAUUAGAUAGCGUAUAAUAACCACGAUUUUUAUAACUUAUAUUUCUUUAUAAAUACUGUUUACUGCCACGCAGAGAACUUCGUUCUUCGAACAUUUAACUAAAUAUUUAUUUGGCAGCUCUUAAUUAUAAUUUAUUUAGUAUUUAAAAAACAGUUGGAUUAUUUCUUUGUAUGUAUGUACCAAAGAUAAUAAUAUACUCACGGUAUAAUUUGACAAUCAUGACUUGUUUAAAAUGUUUAUUUUAUGUACGUUGUAUUAUAAUAUUAAUUUAUUUUAUAUGUGUACCUAUGAUGUUUCGUAAUCUUAGGUAGAUAUACGUUUAAAUGUGUAAGUAUAAAAACGAAGUGUACAUUUAAAGCUAUAAGCUGCUUACAGACUGAGUCGAAUUCUCAGGAGACCAUGAGGAUCUGUUGUAAAAAUUUAAUUAGACCCAGAGUAGUUACUUUCCUUUAUCAUUAUGACAAAAACUAGUUACAGUUGGUCUUUGAAGUCAAGUUCUAGCUUCUGGUGAGCAUAAUCAAGCGAAAAUAUAUUAUUUCUUUAUUAACAUUGUUUACAUUAAAACUUAUAAAUAUUGUUUUCAUUAGCACACAUAGCACGGGUCACAAGACCAGCUUGACAAGACGUGGUUAAAGUUUUGUGUUCGCUCAUAUCGCGCGGCUUGGAGGGGCAGCGAAACUUACUAAUAGCGUAGUAGCUUGUCCCGUGCUAGGUAUGCAGAUGUAAACUUAGGUAACGUUAGGAGCGUUCGACUCAGCCUGUAUGCUACCAUACGUAAGUUUUGGGCUUGAUAGUAUCUUAAAAAUAUUGUACCACAUUUGUGCCUUUGCCCAUGGUCGGAUGUUGUGAUAGGUGACUCGCGCGUGAGUAGACUGGCGAGUCGCUUGUAAUGAGACGUUUCGUAUGAAAAAUACAAUACAUUUGAUAGUUUUGUGUAACUUUCAGCUUUGUAACUCUUUUCAGCUAGGAACGGUUUUUAAACGAACGAAGAAUGAUCCUUUCGUUGCUUUUGAAAUGUUGAUUUCUGCUCGUUGAUAAACGAGUACGAUUGAUUUAAUUAGACAAAAAAAUAGGUAUCUGUAAAUUUUAUGUGUUUUCUUUGAAAAUUUGUCAGAUUGAGAUUGAGUUGUCCUAAGUUGUAACAAGAUCAUCAAUGAAACUAACCUGAACUUUGUACUUGUUAGCUGAAAAUGGUUAUAAUCAGUUUUAUAAUCAGUGUCUCCAGUCGUACAAAUUUUGUAUAUGAAACGUCUACUAAUUAGGUAGUUAGUACGUAUAUAUGAAUUGAUUACUUACUCAUAUUAUAGUUAAAGUAUACUCUAGAAUGAAACAGUUAAGAUGUCAAUUGGCCGCCGACUACAUGGGAUUGCAGCAGACGGCGUGUCUCAACAUCACUACUGGGGGUCUAGCAUAGGUUUGAUAGUUUGGCGAAAACUAUAAAAGUUUACGUUUUCUCGCCUACUAAGUGGCGCCUCUUGCGUAAACUGUCAUGAAACUUUUGACAGAUAAUGUAUGCGGAUGACAGGAGAAAUCGUAAACUUUUUUAGUUUUCAAAAUAGCAAAUCCCAGAGGCCCUGGUUUCUAUGUAUUUUAUUGACAGGUCGUCGAGCGUCAUGUCGCUAGCUACCAAAUGAAUCCCAUAGAAACCAGGUGAAUCCCAUAGAACCCAGGGGGUUUACUCUCUAAAUGGUUCGUCGAUUUAGAGAGUAACCCUCCAGCAGUGACGUUGCGAUACUACAUUGUGUGCUGCUACCUCAUGUCCGCCGCCAAUUAGCACCUUUAGACUUUAACAUGUCCUCGUUGUGACGUGUUGGAAUUGCUUAUUUUCUUUUUUAAUACAUGAUGUUGAAAGCGGCUUCCAGUGAUGUUUGCAAGGUAAAAAUGUGAUUUAACAAUAUAUAUUCAAGGUACAGAAUGUAUUGUAUAUAUCGGCCGUUAUAUUAUUUAUGGAUCACAAAAUUGUAAAUAAAAUAAAACAAUCUAAGUAUAAUUUGAUUGGUGAAACUAAUGUAAAUAGGAAUAGGUAUUUGAAAAUUAUUUUGAUACUUGCACCUAGCUGUGGUAUGCACAUUUGAUAUGGUUUUUUUAUAUUAAGUAUAAUAGUUUCUAAAAGACAUCUUUUGUAAGUUCACAAUUUGUUUUCAGUGUAAUUGGCCUAAUAUUAGUAUUUGUGAUCCAUUAUACUCGUAUAAUUUUGUUUAUUUAUAGGAAAUACCUACUUUGGUCAUAUCUUUCCUGCUUAAUUCAGUCUGGAAUAUAAGAAUAUAAUCUAAACAGAGUGGAUUUUAUCAGUGAAUGUAAAAAGGUACUGAACGAUAAUGUGUUAAAACGAAAUUAAGCAAAUUAAAAUUGUCACCAAAAUCACAAAGUCAUCCAAGUAUGCAUGAAAAUAUUGUAUUGAUGCUUGACCACUAAUAAAUAUCCACUCUUACUGUAUAUUCGAAGUUACGUACGUUAACACGAAAUACUAUUACUAUCUAAAUAGAUGUAAAACAGGGUGUACUUACUUAGAAAAGUAAAAUAAUGUCUUAAAUUUCGAAUAUGACAUGGAAAUAUCACAAUUCACAAUAUCGUAAAAAAUACCCGUAACAUUAAACGUACACCCUGUAUAUUUCAAUAAAGCUAAUUAAAGUAUUGAAUUGAAUGUGUUCGUUGAAAACAGGUCCUUGUAUGGAAGUCAUGCAACUAGAUUUUGUAACAUUGAGCCGAGCUUUCGUUUUUGUAGACAUGUUUGCUUGUGUAUUUUAUUCAAGUAGGUACCAUACAGAAUGACUCUUUUUAUACAUUGACACAAAUAUAUUCGGUCUGGUGUCAAAUCAUAUAAAGUUGAUUGAUAUAUUUUCUAUUUAUAGUGUAGUAGAAAUACUUCUGGAUGCCUGUAUUAAGUUGUUGUUUUAAUUUAAAGAUGUUUAUUUUAAUCUCACCAAGUUAUGUUAAAAUAUAAGUGUUAUGUACACA